AUGGACGGAGCUGCCAGCAACGGACACCUUAAUGCUGUUAAGUGGCUUCACGCGCAUCGUGAUGAGGGCUGCACGACAGACGCCAUGGAUUCUGAAGCUGCAAAUGGACAUUUGAAGGUAGUUCAGUGGCUUCAUCGAAACCGCUCCGAAGGCUGCACCAAAAAGGCGAUGGAUUCCGCUGCCGAAAACGGGCAUCUAGAAGUUGUCCAGUGGAUGCACUGGAACCGAUCUGAAGGCUGCACAACGUCUGCAAUGAAUGGUGCAGCGUCAAAGCGCUUCGGCCAUCCCGCUGUUGUGCGUUGGCUUCGUUCAAACCGCUCAGAAGGGUGCACGACGAACGCGAUGGACGGUGCCGCAGCCAACGGCAAUUUGCAAAUGAUGCAGUGGCUGCACGAGAACAGCGUCGUAGGCUGCUCUAGUGCUGCGAUGGAUAGUGCUGCAGAUUUGGGUCGAUUGGAUAUUUUGGAGUGGCUUCAUGUAAAGCAACUGGCUGAGUGCACAACGUUAGCGAUGGAUUCCGCAGCAGCUAAUGGCCACUUGCAAGUUUUGAAGUGGCUUCACGCUAACCAAUCGGAUGGCCAUACAACAAAGGCAAUCAAGGAUGCUGCUGCUGGCGGA